CACAGAAAUCACUACACCAUCCAGUCACAAUAUGCCCCAAAUCGACAUAAACAUCCCCGCCUCCGGUAACACCGUGGAAGUGGGCAUCAUCGACACAACCGCCAGAAUCCAUGGUCCUCCCGGAAUCUUUGUCGCACCGGAAGUUGGCGGCUUCAAGGACCUCAAGGCCGGCGCGUAUGCAUUCUUGGUCGAGAACAAGUCCCUAAACAAGCGGGUUCUUUUCGACUUGGGCAUCCGCAAGGACUGGGAGAACCUGGCCAAACCUUUAUACGACCGCCUAAAGAACAUGUUCAGCAUCGCCAUCGAGAAAGACGUAGCCGAGAUUCUGACCGACCAUGGCAUCGCAUUGGACACCGUCGAUGCGAUAAUUUGGAGCCAUACGCAUUUCGACCACGUCGGCGACGCCUCCACCUUCCCGUCCUCAACCUCGCUGGUAGUUGGACCAGGUGUAUCCGCUGCCUCGCUGCCGGCCUACCCUUCCAACCCGGCGAGUGAACUGCUGGAGUCGGAUGUCGCCGGGCGCGCCCUGGGGGAAAUCCCCGCGGAGCAGUUCACCCUCCGGGUCGGUGGGUUCCGAGCCCACGAUUACUUCGGGGACGGCUCGUUCUACCUCCUCGAUGUGCCAGGCCACGCAGUCGGGCAUGUAUGCGGUCUAGCCCGCACCACCAACAGCACUGGCAAUGACAGCGAAGCAACCAGCUCAGACACAUUCAUCCUCAUGGGCGCAGACACAAUCCACCACGCGGGCCAGCUCCGUCCCUCGGAGCAUGUUCCCUUGCCCGACCGGAUCACACCAAGCCCCUACACCGGCGUCUCGGUGCCCUGUCCCGGCGAGAUCUUCGCGGCAAUCCACCCAUUCCCCGAAAAGUACCAGACCUCUGCGUUCUACCACGUCCACAUCUUCCCCAACGGCAGAAGCGUAGCGGCGGAUCCGGAUGAAGCGGAGCGAAGCGUGGGCUCAUUGACCGCAUUCGAUGGCGCAAGCAAUGUCUUUGUGGUGUGCGCACACGACACGAGCUUGGAGGGAGUGGUGGAGACCUUCCCUGCAAGUGCCAAUGGGUGGAAGGCGGCCGGGUGGAAGGAGACGGCCAGAUGGCGGUUCUUGCGGGACUGGAAGGUUUAGUGCGAGUGAAUGUAUCUUUGCUAAGGGGAAUUAUGGGCUCGUUGUAUAAUAUAAUAUACGAUAGUGUAGGUUGACGUAGCGAUUGAUAUCUCCGC